AACCCGAGUUGAGUCGGAGAUUAGGGUACACCAAUUGUUUCAUCAUUCACUUUCUCACACGUUCUCCUCUCAACAUCCCACGCUCUCUCAUCACGAAUGCAUCGAGCAAGUUCUAGACAUCUGCAAGCUGGGAUGAUAAUUUUCAAUCUCCCCUGUCGCGAAUGGCGGUUAGGCCUACCCUCUUUUCCGCUUCGCUUUUUGCAAACCCAUGCUGGCCAGGUGGAGAGACCGGGUUUCGCGGUUAUUGCGUCAUUUGCUGGUCCGUGGGCCUAGAAGGCAGUCGGGCGAGCGACGAUGAACUCUACGUGAUGAUCGUAUCCAACAUGGGAUCAUACUACAGACGACCCAGUCUCAGCUACAAGGCUACAACAACAGUACCUUAUUUGGGAAGGUGUCUCUAUGGCAGAUUCCCCCGCGGCGCUCCUUUGGCAAAUCAGAGUUUCACAAUGGAGCACGCAAGAAAAUCCGCCCCAGGCAUACCCGAAAAUCGUCUAUCCUUCCAUCCGCCACCAGGUCUCCUAUGCUUGGGUAAGAUUACAUGCCUCUGGUAGUCUCUAAGCCAUGUUUUCAUUUACUCCGUACACCUGGCCAUGCAUAUAUAUAUGCAGGUGCUAUGUGAUCGCUCUGUACGAGGUUGAAUAUACAUGCAGGGGGCGGAAGUAUCAAAACCGUCACGGAAAAA